AUGGCGCUUCACAGGUCCGACCAUGAGUCGGACGAUGAAACCGCGACCCGCCUCCUCCCGCUCGACGAGGCCGCGGCCGACCACUUCUUUGACGAUGAUGCAGCGGCCGAAGCACCAGCAGACGGCGACGUUGGUGGUGGUGACCCUGCUCCGGCUCCGCGCCGGUGCCCCCUCCGCGCUGCCCGGUGGCAGGUCAGCUCCCCGCGGCUCAUCGUCCUGCUCGUCGGCUUCUCCAAGUUCUGCAUCGUCUGCAGCGGCAUGACCCUCCUCGUCCCGCUCUUCCGCCUCAUCGAGGACGCCAUCUGCCACGGCGUCCUCGACGACGCCUCGCCGGGCCUCCUCGACGAGAUGCGCUGCAAGGACGACGCCGUGCAGGCGCGCCUGGCCACGUUUCUCGGCUGGUCCGGUCUCGUCGGGUCUCUAGUUACCCUCGUCACUGCUUUUCCGUUUGGGGCCAUGUCGGACCGCUUCGGCCGCAAGCCCACCGCGCUGCUCGCGUACAUCGGCGUCUUCGCCUCUUUCUUCUUCACCCCGCUCAUGCUCGGCCCGCCGCUGCGCGGCAGCAUACGCGCGAACCCGUACCUGCUCCUCUGGGGCAACAUCUUCCAGGCCGCUGGCGGCGGCAUCCCGGUCCUGCUGCAGACGCUGUACGCCAUGGCCGCCGACGUGAGCUCCGAGGCUGACAAAGCAUCCAACUUCUUAUACGUCAGCCUCGGCUCCGCCGCCGGCGGUCUCCUCGGCCCGCUCCUCGCCGGCAUUCUCAUGACCCAGUUCGGCCCCUGGGUGCCCAUCUGGCUCGUCAUCGCCACCUCCCCGUUCCUCAUCUGCAUGCUCCUCCUCCUCCCCGAGACCCUCCCCACCGUCCAACCCACCACCACCACCUCCCCCGCCGCCCAGCUCACCUUUCGGGCGCGCAUGGCCCAGGGCCUCGACGACCUGCGCGCCUCGCUGCGCAUCCUGCGCGACCCCAGCGUGCCCCUCGUGCUCGUCACCUUCCUCACCCAGAACGCGCGCGUCACCGCCUACGCCUCCACGCUCGUCCAGUACGUCUCCAAGAACUACGGCUGGACCCUGGGCCAAACCUCCGUCCUGCUUUCCCCCGUCGGCCUGCUUGGCCUCGCCGUCCUCGGCGGCCUGCCGCGCCUCGCGGACCACCUGCUCGUCCGGCGUCGCCUCUCCGUCUUCGGCAAGGACCUCCUGCUGACCCGCGCGUCGACCGCGUUCCUGGUCAUCGGCGCGGUUGUCCAGGGGCUCAGCCCCGGCAGCGUUGCCGUCUUCGUCCUCGGGCUGGUCGUCUCCACGCUCAGCACCGCGGAUAGCCCGCUCGCCCGCGCCACCGUGUCCCACUACGUCCGCCCGGCGUACACCUCCCGCCUUUACGCGCUCAUCGGCGUCGCGGAGGUGCUCGGGUCGUUUUUCGGCGCCCCAGUGCUCGCGUACCUCUUCAACAUCGGGCUUGAGAGGAAGGGCCUGUACACCGGCCUGCCGUACUUUUACGUCGCGCUGCUGGCCGGAAUAUCUCUGGUGGCUCUCAUGUUCGUGAGACGGCCGUCGUCGACGCGCAAGAGCCAAGCAAGCGACGGCUCGGCGGACGACGAGAAAUCUGGCAAGCCCCGAAGAGCUUCAUCCACAAUGGCCCUUUCGUCCACUGUAAUUGUAUUCUCAGAGGACACCGUCUUAUUCGUCGGCUGCUCCAAGGACGUCACGGAUACUGUGGAGGCGACUAUUGUCGCGUCAGUCUUCCGUGACCAAUCCUCCUCCAUUGACGAGCUGUGA